UGGCGUAACGAAUAGGAAAGCCUUUUUAUUAUAUUUUUAAAUAAGAGUUGUAAUUCUGUGAUAUUCCCAAGAAAGAAAAAAAAAGAUUCGACAAUCCCAAACUUCACACGAUCUCGAGAGUUGUUGACAAAACUAAACCCCUCUGCGCUUCUCUACACUUCACAAGUUCUGUAUUAAAUCUUAUCUACCACCAUUAAUCUCCUUGAUUAUAUAAAAAGACAAUAAUAGUAACAACCACAAGAAAGGACAGGCAACCGCAGUUACACUCAAGAUGUCGGAGCCAGAGAGAGCGCGUCCUCUACUAGCAUCGGAGGAGAGAGCCUACGAAGACACCGAGAAAGUCCACAUAGUCGGAGUAGACGAAGAAGACGGCGCCGAUUACGACGACGAGCUCGGGAACUCGCCACGCUUCUCAUGGAAGAAGCUAUGGCUGUUCACCGGACCGGGGUUCCUCAUGAGCAUCGCUUUCCUCGAUCCGGGGAACCUAGAGAGCGAUCUCCAAGCCGGGGCCAUCGCUGGCUACUCUCUCAUCUGGCUCCUCAUGUGGGCCACCGCCAUCGGGCUUCUCAUUCAGCUUCUCUCUGCUCGUCUCGGCGUCGCCACGGGACGGCACCUGGCUGAGCUCUGCCGCGAGGAGUAUCCCACUUGGGCGAGGAUGGUGCUUUGGAUCAUGGCGGAGAUUGCUUUGAUCGGUGCUGAUAUUCAGGAGGUUAUCGGUAGUGCGAUAGCUAUCAAGAUCUUGUCUAAUGGGUUGGUUCCUCUUUGGGCUGGUGUUGUUAUCACUGCUUUGGACUGUUUCAUCUUUCUAUUUCUGGAGAAUUAUGGAAUAAGGAAGCUAGAAGCUGUGUUUGCUAUUCUGAUUGCAACAAUGGCGCUUGCAUUUGCUUGGAUGUUUGGUCAGACGAAACCCAGUGGAACUGAACUCCUUGUUGGAGCAUUGGUUCCAAAACUCAGUUCCAGGACAAUAAAACAAGCGGUUGGAAUCGUGGGAUGCAUUAUCAUGCCUCACAACGUCUUCUUGCACUCUGCGCUUGUUCAAUCGAGAAAAGUUGAUCCCAAAAAGAGAUUCCGUGUCAAAGAAGCUCUCAAGUACUACUCCAUUGAAUCCACCGGAGCUCUCGCUGUUUCCUUCAUCAUCAAUGUCUUUGUCACCACCGUCUUUGCCAAAGCCUUUUACGGGACAGACAUAGCGGACACCAUCGGUCUUGCAAACGCAGGACAGUACUUGCAGGACAAAUACGGCGGCGGGUUUUUCCCAAUACUCUACAUAUGGGCGAUAGGAGUGUUGGCAGCUGGUCAGAGUAGUACCAUCACAGGCACCUACGCAGGACAGUUUAUAAUGGGAGGGUUCUUGAACCUCAAGAUGAAGAAAUGGGUCAGAGCCUUGAUCACAAGAAGCUGCGCCAUCGUCCCGACAAUGAUCGUGGCUCUUGUCUUUGAUUCUUCUGAUUCUAUGCUUGAUGAGCUUAACGAGUGGCUUAACGUUCUUCAGUCUGUUCAGAUCCCUUUCGCAGUUAUCCCUCUGCUUUGCUUGGUGUCGAAUGAGCAGAUCAUGGGGAGCUUUAAAAUCCAGCCUUUAGUGCAGACCAUCUCGUGGAUCGUAGCUGCUCUUGUGAUAGCUAUUAAUGGGUAUCUGAUGGUGGAUUUCUUCUCAGGAGCUGCGACGAGUGUGGCUUUGCUUGUGCCGGUGAUCAUAUUCGCUGUUGCGUAUGUGGUGUUUGUGCUUUACCUUAUCUCAAGAGGCCUCACGUAUACUACUCCUUGGCAGCUAGUGUCGUCGCAGAAAGUUACAGAGAGGGAUGAUGAGUAAGUACAAAAAAGCAAAGACUCUUUUUACUGAAUGGGAAUAAAUCUGGAAAACUGAAACAAACAAUAGAAAGUUGGUUUCAUCAGUAGUAGUAUGGUAACAAUGUCAUGAUAUGUAUUUGUAAUAUUGGUAUUUUAUGGUUUAGAGCAUAGACUUUGUGUAAGAAUAUAUUCAGGACUUCCUUUCUUUUUUUCUUAGAAUCUGAAAUGUUUCCUUGUUGAAAAAUUCAUAUAUUUGUUGGAGUGUUAGCUGAA